GAAGAAUUGGAAGAGAAUAGAGGAGCAGCAGAUCAAGUGGACGAAGACAUGAUCAGAAAACUAGAACCAAAACAAGAGCUGAAAGAAGAUCAAGAAGAAGAAGCUUCUAGAAGUACAGGAGCAGCCUUGGAUGCUCUGGAUGAUGAUUUUUGGGCACAAGGACCUUCGGCGUCUUCUUCUUUUCUUGGGUCUAAGAAAACUUCCGCAGCAAAAGCGAAAACUGCUGCUGCACCGAAGAAAGCUGCUGCUGUGCGAUCAAAGUCAACAAAGGCUACACCCAAAGCCUCUGGAACACGCGACUCUGCGUCAAGUGUCGAGAGCACCGCUGAUACAGAGGAUUCUAUGGUUCUAGUGGACAAGAGUGCACAAAAGGAGAAGGCUUCCUCCGUCUCCGUCAAGAAGAAUGGUCCAGCCCCUGCACCUAAGAAGGACCAGUCUGUCGAGACUACUGGAGAACCAGGUAGUGCCAACGCCGCUGAAGAUCGUGCAGCGCGCUUUCAAAAUUUCGAUUCUUGGUUCCGCAAAAAGUUUCGUCCUGUGAAAUACGAGCCACAUCUCUGGACCGACUUCUUGCUCGACUUGCAGAAGAAGCAGGACCCAAAUCGUCUGACCGGCCAUCAUGUCUUAGAGCCAUUGGCUGUUGCACCACAGCGGGGAUUGGCUUUUUACGAUGACAUCACAGAUGUGUUGCUUGGUUUUGAGCUGGAGCGGCGGUUCGGGUUUGCGGGAGAUCAAUCAACGCAACUGCGAUUGGCUGGAUAUGCAGCGCCGUCUUCAUCCACAUCUUCUA